AUGUCAUUCACCACAGCUAUCAAAUCUACCCUCGAGGGGCCCGAUGUCGCAUUUGGAUUCUGGCUCACACUUCCCAGUGCCGGAGUUGCAAAGACUGUUUUACAUGGAGCUUCUGGGUCUUCGACAAAGUUUAGCUGGGUUUUGGUUGAUGCCGAGCAUGGAUUGAUUUCUGAUCACCAUUACUAUGAGCUCAACAAUGCCAUCGGCUCCGAAGGUGCUAGUCCCAUUAUCCGUGUUCCCUUCGCAGAGGACUGGAUGAUCAAGCGGGCCCUCGACGCUGGCGCACACGGUAUCAUGACUCCCAUGUGCCACUCUGAGGAGGACGCCGCCAAAAUUGUCAAGUACGCCAAGUACCCUCCCCUCGGCACACGAGGAUACGGACCCAUGUUCGCCCCACACUCUGUCCCCGGCUUGAACCCCGGACCUGAACAUGAUAACGGUGCCAAUGACGCUAUCACUGUGGCCGUCCAGAUCGAGUCCCGGUCUGGCGUUGAGAACGUGGAGAAAAUCGCCGCUGUUCCUGGUAUCGAUGUGCUUUUCAUUGGACCUUUUGAUCUGGCUAAGCAGAUGGGUGUGACCCGCUGCGGUGAGGAGCAUGAGAGUGCUAUUCAGCGGAUCUUGACUGCUGCUCAUGCGUCUGGGAAGAAGGCUGCUAUCUUCUGUACUGAUGGUAAUGAUGCGCGCGCUCGUGCGCAGCAGGGCUUUGAUAUGAUCUCUGUCAACACUGAUGUUGGUGUGUUCCGUACUGGAAUGCUGAAUGAGCUGAAGACCGCCAAUGGAGAGAACGUCUCUGGUGGUGCUCGGGAUGGUUACUAA